AUGCCCACCACUCUUCACAAGACCCGCAAGCAGAUUUCCAAAAAGAGAAAUGGCGUCGUCAAUGCUCUACAUGAAAAGUCCAGAGACUCAAUGCGCCUUCACAAGGCUGGUGUAAGAGAUCAACGCAUUGAGAAACUCGCAGCUGCCAGGAGUAAAAAGGAACAACCUCUAGUUGACCGCGUUGCUUUCUUUCAACAAGCUCUACGCCUUAAGGACAGAGAUAACAAAGGAAUUCCUAGUUUCGUUCAUCAAUACGAUGAGGAGUAUAAUGAAGCCAAGAAGGCCCGUCGCCCUGGUCGGCCUGCUAGUGUGAAAGAAGAUAUCCUCAAGGCAAAAAUCAACAUACUCGAGGAAGAGUACAAGAGUGGGUUUGUAAUCCCUGAUCUCUUGGACAAUGUAAAUGUGAACGCACUUCACCUUUGGGAAGGCUCCUGGUCAUAUCUUACCCAACUGAAAUGGGUCAAGGUCAACAGUGAAGGCCAAGUCAGACCGACCAGCUUCCCAUCAGGCGGCACCAACUGA